AUGUCUCGCCUGCCGCCGGCUCUUGCUCUCUCUGGAGCCAAUCGAGGCCAUUCUAUCCGCGCGGGAACUUACGAGGAUGUUUCUCAGCACAUGCCCGGAAACUAUGCUGCUGUUCCUCCUGUAGCUUCCGCGAACCGCCGCCCUGUUGGAACUGAUAGUGCUGACGCCAGCCGCGCACCGGGGGAGAGGUACGGACCAAUGGCGGGAGGCGGAGGCUUCAAUUCCGCGGACUCCGGGCCGCUGAAGCCGCUUUCGAGUGUGAAGCUGCGGCAGGGGACUAACGAGGACGCGUCGCAGUUAAUGCCGGAAAUUUACCGCGUCGGCAGCGCUAUGAGGGGGGAGUUUGACGCGCACGUGGCGGCUGAAAAUGCGGAGAGGAGUUUGAGGGCACAACCCAAGUUCGGUGGCAGCGCGGUUCGCCUCGACCAGCCGCCAAUAAGCCCCACCGCCGACCGCGCUUUUACGCGCUAUGCCAGCGCGGGAGCUGCCUCACUCGGUGCAAUGGGCGCUGCGGCCGCCACAGCCACGGUGUACAAGGGCCGGCUGCUGGGCUGCAACAUGGCCAUCAAGCGCCUGCAGGGCGGCGGGUGGCAGGGACCCAGCGAGUACAGCAUGGAAGUGGACGUGCUGAGUCGCAUGCGCCACCCGCACAUCGUGCUGCUCAUGGGCCACUGCCCAGACCCCAAUGCCAUGUGCAUUCUCUACGAGUACCUCCCGGGCGGCAGCCUGCAGGAAUAUUUGGCUGCUAGCGCACUGCUGUACCUCCACCAGCAUUCGCCGCCCAUCGCCCACCGAGACUUGAAACCCGACAACGUGUUACUCGAUGGUAACCGCAUGAGCAAGCUGGGAGACGUAGGCCUGGCAAGGCUGAUCGCGGAAGACGAUUACAACGUAACCGCACGCGUGCAGGGCACAGUAGGCUACAUAGACCCUGAGGAGGUGGCAACAUGUGAAAUCUCUGUGUUAUCCGAUAUCUACGCGUUUGGGUUGAUUGUGCUCCAGUUGCUGAUGGGGGAGCCUCAGGUGAAGCAGGUGCAUCGCCUGCUGACGGAUACAGCAGCAAAAGUAGAUGCAGAGAAGCGUAGAGCGGGGAGACUGGGAGGGGUGUGCUCAGAGCCGUGGGCUGCUGCUGUGGAUGCUGUUUUGGCGCGGCUGGAUAAGUCCGGCGGGGAGUGGCGUGCUGACGUGGCACGCCAGCUGGCGGAGAUUGGAGUGCGGUGCGCUGACAGGGCAAGGGCGAGGAGGCCUGAUUUGCAAAAGGAGGUGCAGCCGGUGUUGAUGAGGCUAGAGGAGGAAGAGAGAAGGGAGGGGGAGAAGGGCAGGACGGAUGUGGACAACCAGCUGCUGUGCCCCAUCUCUCAGAUGCGCAUGACAGACCCAGUGGUGGCAGCUGAUGGGUUCACAUAUGAGCGCUAUAUGAUUGAGCAGUGGAUGGAGCGCAAUGACAAAUCACCGAUAACAGGAGCGCCCUUCUCUCAUAGGUUCCUCACCCCCAACAACACACUACGCAUGUUGCUUCCAUCUCAUGCAGAGUUUCUGCAUGUGAAGCCCGGCAAGGGAGCUGCCUUCGUGCGCACCAAGCUCCGCAAUUUCAUCACCGGGAACACCGUCGAGCGAACCUUCCGCGCUGGCGAAUCGGUGGAUGAGGCGAGUGUGGUGAAGGACGUGAAGCAGUUCACGUAUCUUGACGGCGAGGACUUCGUUUUCAUGGACAUGGUGACGUAUGAGGAGACUCGGGUGACCAAGGCCCAACUGGGCGAUAGAGUGAAGUUCCUUAAAGAGGGGAUGGAGUGUAACGUGCUGACGUGGAACGACAAGGUGAUCGACCUGGAGCUGCCAAUCACGCUCAAAGUGAAGGUCGUGCAGACGGACCCGGGGGUCAAGGGCGACACCGCCGGCGGAGUAAAGGUCGUGCAGACCGACUUUGGAGUGAAGGGCGACACCGCUGACGGAGGUGAGAAGAUGAGCUGUGUGAGGGGAGUGAGUGGGGUGAGGGGAGAGGGGAGCGAUCUCCUGAUUAUGUUCAGAGUGAAAGCCAUGCAGACCGACUCAGGCGUCAAGGGCAACACUGCUGGCGGAGGUGAGAGCAAUGGAUGGGGGUUGAGGGGUGUGAGUGGAUGA